AUGUCUGACGCAAAUCCCCCACCCAGCGGCCAAGAACAACCGGCCACCGAUUCUACUCGUGACUCCACCCGCACUGCCGACGGAACCGACAUGAGCACGGCCAAGGAGUGGUUCAAGGCCGUGCUCAAGAUCCAACAUUCAGCUAUCUCCCAAGCGCAGGAAGACUGCCGCCAGGCUUUAGAAGACCGCCGAGCAGAUCGACAACUUUUCCUCGCCGCCCAUCAGGCCAGCGCAGAUCGCAUCGGCCGAUUGGAGGACCUACUACUUGCGAUGAAUAUCAAGAACGAGGUCAACGCGCGAGCCGAACAUCCAGCACCGGGGCGAGUUGACUUGCAGAAAUUCCGUACCUCCGACGGCCCGACUUAUCGCGGACCGUUUCAAGAAACUGAGCCAUUCUUGCGCUGGAUCCACGGCGUCCAGAUUUUUUUUGAAACAAAGAGUGUCAACAAUGCGGCCGAUAAGAUCAAGAUCCUUGGGAAUCUAGUGGCGGAGACUAACUUACAAUCCUUCUACGCGAACGAAGCGUCAGGCUUCCUCACCAAAUCGUGGGAAGAGUUUAAAACCCGAAUGUUUGAUUUCGCCCUCCCUAACAAUUGGCGCUCCGGACUCCAACGUCAAAUCCGGAAAUUGGAUAUGUCACCAUCCGAAACCUUUCUGGAAUACAGCACACGGGCUCGAACCUUGCAGAGCUUAUUCAACUUCGACGCCGAGAAAUUCUCCAAGCUCGGAGACCUUCAGCUGGCCCAAUUUGCUGUAUACGGCCUGCCCGACGCCCUUCAAGAUAGGAUCAAUGAACGACAGCUCCUGGAAGCAUCACCAUUUGCGUAUGGACAGUUCGAGAAGAAAGCGAAUGCAUCAUUUCUUGCGUUGCACCGCUCCCCAGAAUUGCCUCCGAGGGCCAAAUCGACUCCCAACGCACCGCCGACACUAGGCCGCGACGAGUUCAUAUGGCGAGUCCAUGCGUUUCUCGACUCCCAGGGACUCUGUCACUUCUGCAAGAAGCACUGCGGCAACGCCGCAGGAGCCUGCCCCGGACCGAUCGACCGCUCACACAUCAAUAUUCCCAAUAACUUUCAAACCCCGACCAAGCCACUCGACUACGUGGCCCCCCGUGCAUGGAGUAAACCAUCCACUGGCCCCGGACAAUCUUCUCAACCCCCGGCCGGCCGACCCCCAGCUCGCGCAGCCAGUGUGGCAGGCAUUGCGGAAGUGUCACCGCUGGAAGCUCACGUCGCUGGCCUGACUGUCGACGCGGCGAUCAGGGAAGACGCACGCUUUGACCAUGAAUUUGAUGAUGAAGGAUGUUUCCCAGCCCUGGGUACUGCCGCCGUAGCCGCACUUGAAGACCUCGACACCCAACUGUUGCAAAAUGAAAUCGACCGGGCCACCCAAGCUUCUGACGGUUGGACGGGCAACUUGGCAGACGACAUUGCAGGUUAUUAA